UUGCGUCUCGCAUAUUCGUGGCUUCUGUGGACAUGUUAGCAAUCCAGUAGCCCAGCGUUUGCCAAGUGGUUUAGAGGUCAUCUGACAAAUCUUUUUACGCCGCCGAAUCGCUCUGAUUCAGAAAGCAGGCUCGUUUCUCCUGCGGUGGUUUGGAAAUUCGCGCCCUCCUCUGGUCCAGGUCCAGGUGCUUGGGAAGCAGGUGGCCAGGACAGGAGGCGGUGUAGGCCCGCCGGUGCGGUGAUAAACCCAAAGACUGAACCUGCAGACCAAGUGCAAAGUAGAAACUGAAAGUACACCGCCGGCGGAUCCUACGGAAGUUAUGGAAAAGGCAAAGCGCAGAGCCUGGCCGCGGUGUGUGCCGCCCCCCCCGGGAUGGCUGAAACAGCAGGCGCGGCGAGGGUGAGAGGAACCAGCUGCAGAGAUCGCCCUACCGGGCAACCGCUGUCUGCGACUCCGCGGAAGACCGGGUCCUGGGAGUGACCAUGGGCGGUGAGAACUUGCUCCUGCUGCAGUUGCGGUCAUCAUGACUACGCCCCCCUCCCGCGGACCAUGUUCCAUGUUUCUUUUAGGUAUAUCUUUGGAAUUCCUCCAUUGAUCCUUGUUCUGUUGCCAGUAGCAUCAUCUGAUUGUGAUAUUGAAGGUCAAGAUGGCAAAGAAUAUGAGAGCGUCCUAAUGAUCAGCAUCGAUGAGUUAUUGGACAGCAUGAAAGAAAUUGGUAGCAAUUGCCUGAAUAAUGAAUCUAACUUUUUUAAAAAACAUUUAUGUGAUGAUAAUAAGGAAGGUACGUUUCUAUAUCGUGCUGCUCGCAAGUUGAAGCAAUUUCGUAAAAUGAACAACAGUGAUGAUUUUGAUCACCACUUAUCAAUGGUUUCACAAGGCACAUUAAAACUGUUGAGCUGCGCCAGCAAGGUUAAAGGAAGAAAAUCGCCUCCCCUGAGUGAAGCCCAACCAACAAAGAAUUUGGAAGAAAAUAAAUCUUUAAAGGAACAGAAAAAACAGAAUGGUUUGUGUUUCCUAAAGAGACUAAUACAAAAGAUAAAAACUUGUUGGAAUAAAAUUUUGAGAGGCACUAAGGAACACUGAAAAAUAUGGAGUGGCGAUAGAGAAACAUAUGAACUUUACUUGCAUCCUCCAAGAAUCUAUCUGCUUAUGCAAAUUUUUUUGGAGUAGAAUGCCUUCUGGAAGUUACUGAAUGCAUCCUGGUAAAAAUGGAUUAGAGCAAUUGAGAAAUCCAUAUUGUACUACUAGAAGAUGGAUACAAACGAUGGAAACUGAAUGCUGCAAUCAACAAACUAUUUCAUAUGUAUGUGGACGUAUAUCAAUCGGUAUUAAUUCUUUACUGAGUUUCGUAAGACAAUUCAUAUAAGUUAUCAGUUGCAAUAAUACUUUUCAAACCUGUUUGAAUAUUUCAGGAGAAGACAUCAAAUCUAUGAAGUAUGUAUAGGUUACA